AGUUCGAGUAGUUCUUCUGAUGACGAUGCAUCAUCUCGAAAGCGUGCCGUAUGCGCUAAACUUUCUGAGAAUUACCGACUCAUCGAAUUGAGUGCAAAGAAAAUGGCUGAGUGCACAGCACCGAAAGCUUGGCGUCAACCUCACGUCUUACAACAACACUUAAGUGAUAUCAAAGAAGCAGUCGUUACGAUUACGGCUUGUUUAGAUGAGUUCUUGAAUGCUACCGGACGUAUUACUGUCGAUAAAAGCAGUCCCAAAGCAGAUGAUUUGCAACAUCUGUUAACACCACUUCGUAAUUCUCAUUCGAUGAUAAAACAACUGAAACAAAAUAUCGAUUAUACGGGUUGGACUUUAGCCGCGUUGUCGAGACCUAAAUCCAACAUGGCAUCCACAACGAAUGGUAAUGAUGCGUUGGAUCAGUUUGUUGCCGUUAUCAAGCAGUUGCUCUCAUCCUUCAUCUGA